AUGCCUCGGAAGGAUUUUCAGCGCGAUCUGCGCCAAGCAGCCAACGCACAGUUUCCCUAUCUGAGUAACAUCAAGGCGGGAGACAACGACGGGUCGAUUGCGUUCAGGUUUUUUCAUCGUGCGGAGAGCAUCAAGAUCGAGUUUCAGGCCGUGGUAUCAGACUCCAGCGACUACCCCCGAUUACAUAGCUACUUCGUCUUCACAACCUCCGAUGACGUCCCCAAGGAAAUUACAGCCGCCGUAGAGGGCGUGCAGCCCUUGCUCGAGGGAGUAUCGAUAGCCAGACUCCUCGCUACCGUUAGCCAAGUUGUCCAGAGCGCCAUUUACGGAGAGGAUUCCUUAUCAGACAGCUUGGAGAAGAUCGGCAGUGAUGACGAGGUUGAAUACGAUUAUGAAGAUGAGGAAUGGGAAGCAACUAGCGACGGUCAUGUCUUAGCCUCGAUGAAGCCUGCAGCCGAGGCACGAUCAAUGCUCCGGCGUGAUCUUCGCGUUGUCAAGAAUGCAGGCUUUAAGCUGGGAUACCUCGGAAUUGCGACCGGCUCUGUUAUUAUUGUGGUGUCCUGCCGUGUUUCCAAGCUGGGGAUCUCAGAAGAUGCCAUGCAGGCUUGGGAUGUCAAGCCUUCGGAGUACUUGGUAUUACUCCUUCGUUAUCCGUCCGCGUACCGGAAUUUGGAAGAGCUUCUUCGCAACGUAGGGAAUCGAAUGCCUUUGCUCCAGAUGUAUGUUGGUCUUUGCACCUCAUAUAAGCCCAGCCAUGAGGAUGCUGUCCGGGUCUUUCAAGGUUCAACCGCCGAGCAGCAACAGUCAAACGGUCCUGCAGAGUCUGGUGCUCCAGGUGGUGCUUCAGGUCCUGGCAUAAGGCGGUUGUUUAUCGAUAGAGCGAUCAAUUCAUUGCUCAACGAACGACUUCUGACCAUUAUCAGCUAUAGAUUGAAACUCGGUCUCUCAUGGACGGGUGCAGAGCUCUAUGCCCACCAAUUCCAAGGCAAACCUUCAAAUUUUGAGGAUCAGCUGUCGGACGAGUAUUUCGAGCCGGACAGUUGGAGCAGCGGAACUCCUGAUCUACUAAUGGCUGAUCAUGUUGUCGAUAGCAACCUUGGCAAGUCCCAACUCUCACUACCGGUGCUAGCCAUGCAGUUCACUCUUCGCCAUUUCGUCAAGUGUACCGAGUUCUGCCUCGUCUGCCACUGCAGAGUUUCCACGGAAUUCGAAGCCCUCAAACCGUUUGUAUGCUCAAAUAAUUUAUGCCUAUAUCAGUACAUGGCUUUGGGAAUGGGUCCUAGUCUGGAAUACGAGAUCCUGUCGCAGCCCUAUGUAGUCGAUUUGCUCAUCAGUCUUACCUACUGUAGGGCAAAGUCUGGUCGACUCGAAGACUUCCCUACUGGUCUUGGCAUGAAAGUUCCUGGUGGGCUCGGAUGGACGAUAAAAGCCAACCUUGAACGCAACUACUAUAACCCGUCCAAUCAGCAGCCGGCUCUGAGGCCCAAGCCCACUGCAACGUUCUAUACUGCAGAGCUGAAUUCUGCCAGUCUGGAGCUUCGUGUUGAUGAUAACGAGAGGCCUCCUCUUAAAGUUGGUGAUUGGAUUGCAAUUAUGGGGUUCGAAAGCGACAAGGACACUAAUGCAAACAAUGCCAAUGCAAACGAUAGCAACCUAUACCUCUACAACUACAUGGACAUGCCGCCCAGUGGCAAAGGCCAGUGGCAUAGCCGGGUACAGCUCAUUGACGACCGAAUUAUCCACAUCUCGUCUCCGAUCAACUACAGCGAUCUAGUUGCGGGGCCAAAGAAAGGCGAGUCGCAAAAAGGGAAGAAAGAUACAGUACGGACCGUGAAAUUUGUGAUCUAUGACCAGAACUUUGAUAAACUGGACGACAAUGAGAAGCGAGGAGUGAUACCACUAAUUCUCAAUACGCUACCCAGCCUCGAGGCCAUGACUCAGUACCUCAACAUGGCCUCUGAUGGAGGGUCUCUUGCGCUAUGGAAGGACCUAAUCUCCCCAGCGGCAUUAGAUAUUCUCAGAUGGAUUGUUGCAUCGAACCGGUCAUUUAUCAUGCUUGACGGCGAUGAUAACCCCGAGCAUCUCGUGCCUGGGAUGGAAGGAUAUGUCCAGUUCCGACUCGUACAAGGAGCACCCGAUAAAGAGCAGAAGUUCGAGAGCGCCGUACGAAAGCACACAGCUAAUCCGAAACAUCCAUCGAUCUUCACCUGGCACGGAAGUCCCCUGUGUAACUGGCACAGUAUUCUCCGCGAGGGCCUGAACUUCAAAUACACAGCAAACGGUCGGUCCUGCGGUCAUGGAGUCUACAUGGCGAGAGACUUUGCGUCUUCCACGGGCUACUCCCAACAAUAUGGUUACACAGCGUACAACGACUGGCCGCAAAGCAAAUUGCGGAUCUCGAUGGCCAUUUCAUUGAACGAAGUCGUCAAUGCGACCACGAACUUCGUGCACGCGAGUAACGUUUACGUCGUUAGCCAAGUGGACUGGAUUCAGCCGAGGUACCUCUUCGUAAAGUGCGAGAAUGCUCCCCCCACAUCCAAAGCGCCUGCAGCAUCUCUCGUCUACAAACAGGACCCUGCGCUCACAGUCGUCGGGCCGACAGGGCAUAAUUUGGCUUUGCCAACGUCGAAGCUCGGCGGACGGGGACAGCAGUUGCGGCAAAUGUCCAAGGUGGACCAGACUCCUAAAGUGCAACCUGUGAAGGAGACGCCUGCAUCUAAGCAAGCGAAGAACCCCCCUGCCAAGCGAGCUGCGCCUAAAUCAACUGCAAAAAAGCCGAAGCGGCGGCGGACGAAGAAUAAUGAGCCUGAACCCGAACCCGAGUCCGAACCCAGACCCGGACCGGGGCCUGAGAUCCCCACGAUUGACCUUACAGCCAAGGACGACGAUACCGCCAGUGUCGCCACCUUGUACGAAGAUCUAGAAAUCCUCCUGUCUGACGCCGAGGAUGAGGAGCCGGUCGACGUUAUCCCCAAAACAGACUUCGUACCAGGAACCCUAGACGAAUCCACACUCCCCAUCCUCAGCCAUCCCAAACACGCAUCGAGCAGCGCCACGAAAGCCCUCCAGCAACACCUCAAGGUCACCCUCGAAACCCAAAACAGAGAAUACCCCGGCGCGCUGGGCUGGUACGUCGACCCCAAACUCAUCAACACUGUCUACCAAUGGAUCGUCGAGCUGCACUCCUUCGACCCCGACCUGCCGUUAGCCCAGGAUCUCAAAAAAGCCAACCUAAAAAGCAUCGUCCUCGAACUCCGCUUCCCGCCCAAAUUCCCGCAUGCACCGCCCUUUGUCCGCGUUAUUCGGCCCCGUUUCCUACCGUUCCAGAAUGGUGGUGGUGGGCAUGUUACUGCCGGCGGGGCGAUGUGUAUGGAGCUUCUUACGAAUACGGGGUGGUUGCCGACGGCUACGAUUGAGAGUGUACUGCUGCAGGUGCGGAUGGCGCUGUGUAGUCAGGAUCCUGCGCCAGCGAGGCUUUUGAAUGGUGGAAUUGGUGAUUACACAGUUGGGGAGGCGGUGCAGGCGUAUAAGAGGGCGUGUCAGACGCAUGGGUGGGGAGUUCCGGAUAAUCUGAACAAGGUUUCUUGGAGUUGA